UGUCUGCCAAAGAACAAGAAAAGCAUUAUAGAACUAAAAAAGACGUAUUGGAACAACAUAAACGAAAACAUCAGAGAACGACAAAUAGAAUCCAAAAUCCUAAAAUGAGAAGAAACAUUAAAAAGUAUCUGCAAGGAAUGAUUAAAGCUAAAAAAAAGACAAGAUAA